AUGCCACGCCUCAAGGUCCUCAUCAGCGGCGGAGGCAUAACCGGCAACACCCUCGCCUUCUGGCUCGCGGAACUCGGCCACGACGUCACCGUCGUCGAAUGGUUCCCCAGCCUGCGCGCCUCGGGACUCCAGGUCGACCUGCGGGGCCACGGUAUCGAAGUCAUGCGACGCAUGGGUCUCGAGGCCGCCGUCCGGUCCAAAUCGGCGCCCGAAACCGGCCUGCAGGUCGUCGACAAGUCGGGCAGGCGAUGGGCCUACUUCCCGGCCACCCAGCCCGGCGGCAAGGGGGGCCUUGCAAACCCCAAGGCAGACGUGGGGGAGAAGAAGGCAGCGCUGGCGGAGAUCUUCCGGGGCGCCGGAUGGCAGACGGAGGAGAUCUUGAAGGCCUUGCAGGAGGAUGUGGGCGACUUCUACUGCGAACGGCUGGGCAUCGUCAAGAUGGAGUCUUGGCCCCGCGGCCGGUUGGCGCUCUUGGGGGAUGCAGCUUACUGCCCGUCGGUCAAAACGGGCAUGGGCACAACUUCCGGGAUGGUGGGUGCUUAUAUCUUGGCCGGCGAGAUCGGGCGGCACUGUGGACGCUCUGAUACAGAAGUUGCCGGUGGAGAAGGCGAUAUCACCGGCGGUCUCGCGAACGCGCUUAAAGCUUACGAUGAUAAGUUCCGGCCAUUCAUGGAUCAGGUGCAGAAGGGAAUCUUGGAGGACGAGGGCGGCUUGGAUAUGAUGCCAUCUUCGGCAUUUGGCAUUGCACUGUUCAACUGUAUCAUGGGAAUAGCUUCAUUCUUCAAGGUGGAUGUCAUUGCGAAGUUCAACAUGCGGGAAAACGUAAAGGGAUGGGACCUCCCGGACUAUGAAGAGAUGCGCCGUGGUUAG